AUGUAUUCAUUCACGCGCCGCCCUCUCCCUGCCUCCCCGAUUGGAGCCGCCGCCCACCCAUCUCACCCAACCCCAGCCCCCUCCCACCCUGCGCCGCCAAGCGCACGCCGCCCGGUCCUCCUUAGUCCUCCCCCACGCCGCCCACCCCUGCAGGAAGCGCACGCUACCCGGCCAUCCACCCGCCCUACGCCGCUCGAAUACCUGGAGGAUUGGACGGAGGAAGACCCGCCCGUCCCUGCUCCCUUCCUGCGACGGCUGCAGGUCCUACGCACUGAAGGAAGCCGCCUGCUCUCUACCUAUGCCUUGCCUGGUGGAUUGGACAGAGGUAGCCCGCCCUCCCCUACUCCCUUCCUGCGGCCCCCCUGCUCCAUUCGUGUGAGGAUUGGACGGACAAAGCUCCGCCCACUGAAGGUUGAGAUGAAGCUGCAGCGAUCGAGGAAGUCACACGUGAGUGAUAAUGGUGGGGCGACACUAUAG